AUGGACUCAGAUUCAGAGUUAAUAACCCACCAAGGUGGAUGUCAUUGUGGAAGAGUAAGAUACAAAUUCAAAGCACCACAAAAUGUAACUGCUUGGAAAUGCAAUUGUUCAAUGUGUUCAAAAAGAGGUAACAUCUCAUUUAGUGUUCCAUCACAUAACUUUGAGCUUCUUUCUGGAGAAUCAAACAUAACUACUUACACAUUUGGAACUCAUACUGCUAAGCAUACCUUCUGUAAUGUCUGUGGCAUCACCUCCUUCAACGUCUCGAGGUCGAACCCCGAUGCCGUAUCGGUUAAUGCUGCUUGUGUUGAUGCAGGGACGCUCAUCCAUGUUGAGAUCAAGAGUUUUGAUGGUAUUAAUUGGGAGCAUACUCAUUUCUUGCGUACUGGGAUCCGAACUAAUUAGUCAUCACUUUUUUGUAGAAUAUGCAUGU